AUGCCCUGCCACCAGCCGGGCCGGAUUGCCCGUCAGCAUAACGAAAUUCCUCGGCAAAUCACGUGUUUGCGCCGGUUUUUGAAAAUGUACAUGUGCGCACCAACGGGCUCAGGCUCAACGACAUGCAAGCCUGACUCAGCCAGAUUACGCAUAAGACACGAAGAUGGCACCGUCUUCAUCUGGCCACUGCCAAGCGUCCCUCCUAUAAUCCACGCUUUUCCCGCCCCCAAGACGAGUUUGGAGGCUGGGGUUCGAUGGCCGAAAAACUCUAGAAUCCCGGCUCAUCGCUUCAGCAAGCAGAUAUGCGCCAAAACCGACUUUGCUGGUCCACAGAACUGUUUUGAUGUAGUGGAAAAGUAUCUACGGGUGAAGUGGAAGCUCGUCGGCUCGGCUUUUGUGGUCGGCUUCUGGGCAGCCUACCUGUUUGUGGCGGCUUUCAUUUCGUAUGAGCGUACAGGAUGA